GGCGUGGAGACGCAGGGCGCUUCCGGCGGCGGCCGUGGCUGUGCUGGUGGGUGUGAAGAAGACCCUUAGUUUCAGGGUCUUGCGGUGCUUCGAGGCAGGCUUGGUGUGGUGAACCGAGGAGGCGUAGGCUUGGAGGCGUAGAGAGUUUACCAGCAAAGUCCUCUGCGCCUGGGCUUUUUCGUGUGGGAAGAUUUUAAAAUUACUCAUUCAAUUUCUUCACUUGGUGCCCUGGAAACCUUUCUGCCCCUGUGAGGUUGACUCUUCUAGAGACCUCAUGUACACUGCAUGAUUCCUUCUCUCCACGGAAAUCUCACAUCUGAAACAUGGCUACAGAUUGGCUGGGUAGUAUUGUGUCCAUCAACUGUGGAGAUAGCUUGGGUGUCUAUCAGGGAAGAGUGUCAGCAGUGGAUCAGGUCAGCCAGACGAUUUCUCUCACCCGGCCUUUCCACAAUGGAGUGAAGUGCCUUGUGCCAGAAGUCACUUUCAGGGCAGGUGACAUUACAGAAUUAAAAAUUCUGGAGAUACCAGGCCCUGGAGAAACCCAGCAUUUUGGAGAUCUUCAUCAGACAGAAUUAGGCUCCUCUGGUGUUGGUUGCCAAGUUGGUAUCAAUCAAAAUGGCACAGGCAAGUUGGUCAAGAAGCCAGCCUCUUCGAGCAGUGUCCCUCAGAACAUCCCCAAGAGGACAGAUGUGAAGAGCCAAGAUGUUGCCAUCUCUCCCCAGCAGCAACAGUGCUCAAAGAGCUACGUGGACAGGCACACGGAAUCCUUGAGUCAGUCCAAGAGCUUCCGUCGUCGGCACAACUCUUGGUCAUCUAGUAGCAGGCACCCAAACCAGGCAACUCCAAAGAAAAGUGGCUUAAAGAAUGGCCAGAUGAAGAAUAAAGAUGAUGAGUGUUUUGGGGAUGAUAUUGAAGAGAUCCCAGACACAGAUUUUGAUUUUGAAGGGAACUUGGCCCUUUUUGACAAGGCAGCUGUGUUUGAGGAAAUUGAUACCUAUGAGAGGAGAAGCGGUACCCGUUCCCGGGGCAUCCCAAACGAGAGGCCUGCUCGGUACCGCCACGAUGAGAACAUCCUGGAGUCAGAGCCCAUUGUCUACCGUCGGAUCACAGUGCCCCACAGUGUGAGCAAGGAGUUCUGCACAGACUCUGGCCUGGUUGUCCCAAGUAUUUCCUACGAGCUGCAUAAAAAGCUGUUGGCUGUGGCUGAGAAGCAUGGCUUGACUCUGGAGCGGAGACUGGAGAUGACAGGCGUGUGUGCCAGUCAGAUGGCAUUGACCCUGCUCGGAGGACCCAACAGGCUGAAUCCCAAAAACGUUCACCAGAGGCCUACAGUGGCCCUGCUAUGUGGGCCUCACGUGAAGGGGGCUCAGGGUAUCAGUUGUGGAAGGCACCUAGCCAACCACGAUGUCCAGGUCAUCCUCUUUCUGCCCAACUUCGUGAAGAUGCUGGAAUCCAUUACCAAUGAGCUGUCUCUCUUCAGCAAGACCCAGGGCCAACAAGUGUCUAGUCUCAAAGAUCUGCCCACUAGCCCUGUGGACCUGGUGAUCAACUGUCUGGAUUGCCCCGAGAAUGCCUUCCUGCGGGAUCAGCCCUGGUACAAGGCAGCUGUGGCCUGGGCCAACCAGAACCGGGCACCAGUACUCAGCAUAGACCCUCCUGUGCAUGAAGGUGAACAGGGCAUCGAUGCCAAGUGGUCGCUGGCUCUGGGCCUGCCUCUGCCUCUGGGGGAGCAUGCAGGCCGUGUCUAUUUGUGCGACAUCGGCAUUCCCCAGCAGGUCUUCCAGGAGGUGGGCAUCAACUACCACUCGCCCUUCGGCUGCAAGUUUGUCAUCCCACUGCACUCUGCCUAGAAGGGCUCUGGGUGGGCUGGACCUCGUAGUCCCCUUCUGCUCCUGACACUGAACUUGACAGCGAACGCCUUAAGGAUGUGAAGCUUCAUGGACCUUGUUGUUGAAUUUUUUCUCUUUUCAUUUUGUUUCUUUGAAAGAACAGAUCAUAUUUAAAACUGACCUGUCAUGUGCCCUGAGCCAGGGAAGGCUUCCCUGCUGGGGGCACGGGGUGAGUGGCAGGCUUAAGUGCACAGUGGCUCCAGGCAUCUCUACACUCGGCCCCCUGCAUGGUCAGGUGGGGCUUUGUUUACAGACAUAGGCAGCUCACAGACCGUACAUGUCAGGUUUACAGCCACUGGGCCUGGGCCGACGCCUCACGGGGUGGGGCAGCCCUGUUUGGGGGUCUGUGCUUGCUCUGGUUCAGAGCUUGUGGCUUUGUCUCCCCUGCUUCCUCCACUCAAGCGGCCCUUCCUCUGAUCGUGUAGAACUGGCUGCGCUGCCGCUGUCCGCUAGAGGGCAGACUUGCAUUCUCGGUUCAGUUUGAGGGCUUUGAGGCCUUCCCCGAGCCCCACCGUAAGAUGAUGGGGGCUUUGACCCUUUCUCCUGAGCUGAUCAAGUUUUAUGCUAGAUUUCUUUUUUUUUUUUCCCAAGGGUCCUUCCUCCUUUCCACUCCAUCACUCUGAGAGGCAGGGAAGGGGGAGCCAGGGUGGCGUCUGAAUGGUAUUACUGUAUUGGGAUUUUUUUUUUUAAACUAUUUUUCUGUUGUCUUCAGCACAGGUAGUAUAAGCUUAUGUUACUGUAGAACCACAGUGCCCAUCUUGCCAGCAGUGCCCCCCAAUCCCAUACUCUCUAGCUGGGGACUGAGCCUUUGCCUAGUCUGGGGCCAGACCCCUCAGGGUGCAGCUUUAAUGUUCAGUAUUGGGGAGGCCCCUGGGGGAGCCUGGUGCUGAACCAGAAGAGGCUCCCUGGUGCUUCUGUCCUAAGCCACCACGCCCCCUCCUCUUUGCCUGCACCCAGACCCCUACUUUCCUGCCCCCUCUGCCCUUCCCCUGAAAUGGUCCUUUGCAGCUGUGGGCGCAUGUCCCUCCCACCCCCCCAGCUUUUAGUGUCUGGGCCUUGAACCCUUUGAUUGUCCUCUCUAGAUGUAUAGGCUCAGGGCCAGCACCCUGUCUCACAGAUGCCAAAAUGAGGCUAGUUCUGGAUGAGCUAGCUGGUGGGCCUCAGCCUUAGGAACACAGUGCUGCUCAGAUCCUAAGGCACUGAGCCCCUAGAUAUUCACAGGCCCUGGAAGUUGGCAGAACGGGAGCCAUGUCCUGAAGUUCCCGAGAGGGGCCCUUGCAGAGGCUUGUGCUUUAAAGCCUUUUUCAGGGCUUCAGGCUUCCUUCUGCUCUAUGCCCACCCAGUAUGGUUAAGGGGUUGAGUGGAAGGGCUUGCCAAGGAUCAUGGAUGCAGGGUAGGCAGGCCCUGGUACCCUGGGUUUCAGGAUACUUAUCACUUUCCUUAUAGGAGCAUAGCUGGGGCAGAUUAGGCAGGGCAGAGAGGGCUGGUCCCUCCUUUCCUCCCAGCCUCCCUCAGAUAGUCUCCAGCAGUAGAGGGAGGCCACUGACUGUGAAUCCCGUGCUGUGUAUCCUUCCUGAACCUCUGCUCACUCUCAGGGCCGAGAAGCUCCUGAAUGAGGCCCUCUCUUUAGAGGUGGGGCCGUAGUUUGAGGAGCAAUGCUGGGUUACAGGCAUUUUAGUGAGCAACCACUCAACAGGCUCUGGCUGCCUGUUAAUGCGGUGAGGUCUCCUCAAUGGGUCCAGUGAAAAGCAAGCUAGAACCCUGGCCCAGAAGACUCUGCUUGCUCCAGUGAGUCAUGGUGACCCUGUGGCUGAUGGCCUUGUGUUGAGGGGCCACUGGGAGUUGGUGCCCAAGCCUCUAUUUUCUCCCCAGGCGGCACUGGAGCCUCUUCCUGCACUCAGCCUGGGCCUUCCCCAGUGGUGGUAAAGAUGGCAUGAUUCCUCCAUCUUCACAUCUUUUCAGAGGCAUCCUACCCACAGUGCCCAGCUCCCACGGGGCCCGUCAGGUGGCCAAAACUCAUGCAGCUCUUGGGGAACCAAAAACCAGCACUAAAAUAAAGCUGACGACAGGAA